GUUGAAUAAUGUCAGCUGAUCACAAAGUUUGCUUCAAAAUUGACGUUAUUGGCUACUGUCAAAAAUGUUAUUUCAACUUUUUGGACAAUUAAGUUAAAAUGUAUAGCCUUUGUUGGCCGGUCUGCAUUUCAUGUGGCUUAGCCUACAUGUGCUUGUUAGAUGAAUUCAUUUCAUUUGAGAUCAUUUCCAUAUGACACUUUUUCAAGUUAACACAUUGUAGAGUAGGGCCUACUAGCACUAAAACUAUUUAGUUUAUCGGCUAUCGACAGAAGCAAAAGAGAAAUUAAAAAAAAAAAACAAAUUCCCCGUUUGGGAAAUUCAGUGAUAGCAUGGAAUUGUCCGAUUUUCAAACCGUUGAAGUUCAUACACUGGACAAGGACAGUCCAAGUGUGAAGAUAUUGUCAAAAGUGAACAAUAACCAGUUGUUGACCACAGAUCUUCAUCGAAAAGUCUGUGAUACACUAGGUCUGUCAAAAUCAAGCCAUGGAGCAUUUGCCUUGUUUCUUGGAGGCCUUACUCCAGUCAGAAAACUGCGGCCGUAUGACUGUAUUACAUUACCUGUAACAGAUUUGACUUUCCAAAAAUGGUGUUUUGAUCCAAAGAAGGAGAAGGAAUUGUUAAAGACAGAUGCGAAUGCAGCCCAUUGGCUCUUUGUCCAGGCUUUGAAUCAGGUGGAAACAGGGAAAAUCCGUCCGACCAAGCCACAAUUGCAGGAGCUGGAGGAGUGCUUAAAUCCAGCUUUUUGCACAGAAAAGCAGUACGUGGAGAUCUGCCACACUGUGGAAAAAUACUUUGAGUUUUGUUUGGAUAACUGCAGAUUGUUGACUGAGGUCACUUGUCUUGACCAUCCCUACAGGGUCAGUACUUAA